AUGGCUGCGGCCCCACCCAAGCCGGCCGACGAGCCCAAGCUGCUCUGGAACCCCGAGAACGUGAAGGACGUCGCCGAGUCUGUGGGCAUCGGCUCCCUCAACGAAGAAGCCCUCAAAUGCUUAUCACAAGAUGUCGAAUACCGACUCGGUCAGGUCAUCAUCGAGAGCCUGCGCUUCAUGCGACACGCCGGUCGUACCACACUCACUGUCCAGGACGUGUCGCAAGCCAUGAAGGUGCUUGAUGUCGAGCCUCUCUACGGAUAUGAGUCCACGAGACCUCUCAGAUACGGUGAAGCGAGCUUGGGACCCGGCCAGCCGCUUUUCUACAUCGAGGAUGAGGAGGUCGACUUCGAGAAACUCAUCAACGCGCCCUUGCCCAAGGUGCCCAGAGACGCGACUUUCACAGCGCACUGGCUCGCCAUAGAGGGCGUCCAGCCAACUAUCCCGCAGAACCCUACCACCGCCGAAGCCCGCUCCCAAGAACUCGUCCCCAAGGGUCCUGGCGCAAACCCCGCCCUCGCUGCACUCGCCGGAAACGACAAUGUAUCUUUCAGACCGCACGUUAGGCACGUUAUUUCGAAAGAGCUUGUCAUGUAUUUCGAGAAGAUCCAGUCAGCGAUCCUCGAUGACAACCCGGACGACGAGGUCCGCCAACUGCGCAACGCAGCUCUACAAUCCGUCAGGUCCGACCCGGGCUUGCACCAGCUGGUCCCAUACUUUGUCAACUUCAUCGCGAACCAGGUCACCCAUCGACUGGAUGACACCUUCACGCUUAGACAGAUGAUGGAGCUCACGGCUGCCCUGAUCGCAAACGACAACCUCUACCUCGACCCUUACGCGUCGCCGCUGAGUGCGCCUGUCUUGACAUGCCUCAUGAGCAGGAAGCUGGGAACGGAUGAGGGGUUGGAUGCGGUCAAGGAACAGUACGAGCUGCGCGAGCUGUCGGCCGCGAUCCUGGGCAACAUUGCCAAGAACUACGGCAAGUCGAACACGAGGCUGCGGCCCAAGCUAACGCGGACGUGCCUCAAAUACCUACUCGAUCCUUCGAAGCCAGCUGCGGUGCUGUACGGGGCGGUCUGCGGACUUUCAGCGGCUGGAGGGCCGGAGUCCGUGCGGGUGUUGCUGCUGCCGAAUCUGAAGUCGUUCGACGAUAUGAUCCUGCGGCCGAUGCAGGAGCGGGGCACGCCGGAUUUCGAGAUCAAGCUGCUCCUUGGCGCGAUCGUCAAUGCUAUCAAGACCAUCGAUAAGAACGAGAUCGGCAUGAUGAACGGAGUCCACAGCAGCACUACGGAACACACGGUGACGGAGUUGACGGAGUUCCUUGGAGAAACCAUUGGGCGCGAGGUAGCAAACCUGGGCAGUGCCAGGCUGAACAGGCAAGUUCUGGACGCCAAGGCGUACAGGGACGAGUAG